AUGCGCUCAUUCCUGGCACUUUUAUUUCUUCUGGUCACGAUCGCCAGCUGCGAGUAUUGGACUUGCGAGGUGGACGCUGAUUGCCUUGCGGGGAGGUCAUGUCGAAAAUCGUACCACAACUGGCCGCUGAAGUCGUGUCUGAGGCCACGUGAAAAUCGUGCAAUGGUGGUAUUUCGUAGGCCCCAACAUACGGAUGAAGGUAUCCGCUGCGAGACGGAUGCUGAAUGCCCUGCCGGCCUUUCGUGCCGUACACAGCCGAAAACGAUGGAGAGAAGCUGCCAA